AUGACGUCUUACGACCUCAACAAGUGCUUCAAGCAGUGCCGCGAGCAACCGUAUUCGCAGCAAGCCAAUUGCGAGGAGCAAUGCCGCCAGCAGUACAAACAAAGUGGUGUUGUCACUAGCGGUCUUUCGAGUGCUGCAGCUAAAGAUGGUGUCAAGGAUUACAAAAUCAAUGCCGAGGCCACACGGUUGAAGCGCGACCUCAAUCGCCUCAAUCAUAGCCACGGGAGAUCAUCAGAUGCAAUUCGUGCGGGUAGGGCUGCGGAGGAAUUUCAUCAGAGAAGCUUCAAUGCUGAUGCCAUCAAGCAGGACAUCCCCACCCGUGCUCAGGACAUGCCCUAUCAUUCACCUUCCGACCUCCACGUGGGUGACCAAGAUGUGCAGCUGAAGUACGGCUCCAAGCAGUACUGCAAGACCAUAGACCAGCCCAAGUAUGAUGGUAUGCAGAAAGUCGUUCCAAAGGAGCAUGCCGACCCUUCGAAGGGAUGGUCUGAUCGCAUCGAGGUAGACGGUGCUCGCAGCAAGCCUCUGUCGCAAAAGGAUGCAAAGUCCUUGGUCAAGAAUCCCGACAAAGCAGUGGAUCGUCUCUUGCCAAGGGAUUCGGUUUUCGAGUCCAGCGUCAAGACUGGCUUGAAAGCUGGUGCUGCUGGCGGUGUCUCCGGCGCCUUUGGCGGAGCGGUGGCCGCAGCGUGGGCGGGAGGAACUGAUGAGGAGAUAGGCAAGCAGGCGCUGAGCGGUGGGAUUGAGGGUGCCGUGACCUCUGGGCUUUCUUCGGCAGCUGCGGACAGCAUCGCCAACUCCACCGGCGAUGCAAUUCUUGGAGCGGCGGGAGGUGGAUUGGUCAGUGGGGCCGUGGGCACGGCCUUCAAUAUGGCAAAGUGCUCAAAGCGGUUCGACGACCAGAGCGACAAGACGCGUUGCAGGGAAAAGGAAGCUAUUAAGGGGUACGCCUCGACGGUAAACAGUGCGGCGGCAACAUUAUUUUGCUCGACAUUCAUGGGCCCUUUUGGGUUUGUUUGCGGCGCUGCGGCUGGUUUUGGUACAAGACAGCUUUUCGAAAAAAUGUAG